AAUCAGAAGCGCUCAUCUCAGAAGACUGCUCAAAACUUCACCGGAGGUUGUCUGGAGAUCUGAAGUCUCUGUCAUCAUGGCGAUCCGGUUCUCCGUCUUGCUCCUGGGGAUCGUAUGUCUCUUCGGUGUCCAGCGGGCUGGGGCUGAAAGAGCUGCUCCAAAUGAUGCCCAGCUUCAUUCAGCUGCUGGCACUCUGGAAAAAACCACUAAAGCUGGAUGGGUACAGUUUGAUCAACGCGAGUUCAUGUUCUUUGCCGCUGGAAAAGUAUGGGAGGAGGCUCAGAGCACCUGUAUGGACUACGACGCUCAUCUGGCUUCAGUGCACAGUGACAGAGAAGACGCCUUCAUUAAGCGUCUGAUUUGGAAUCAUGUUGGUAGUGAUCGUCCCUCGUGGCUCGGUGGCUACAACAGCCAUGUGGUUCCCAGUCGCUGGUUUUGGACCGAUGAGUCAGCUUUUGACUUCAAUUCCUGGACCCCAGGCCAGCCAGAUGGCUCCGGACACUGUCUGCAGACCAACUUCAAAGGUGGCUGGGAUGAUCUUGUUUGCGAACGGAACCUUCCCUUUGUCUGUGCUCGAGGGAUCAGCAGAGGGGCUGAAAGAGCUGCUCCAAAUGAUGCCCAGCCUCAUUCAGCUGCUGGCCCUCUGGAAAAAAACACUAAAGCUGGAUGGAUACAGUUUGAUCAACGCGAGUUCAUGUUCUUUGCCGCUGGAAAAGUAUGGGAGGAGGCUCAGAGCACCUGUAUGGACUACGACGCUAAUCUGGCUUCAGUGCACAGUGACAGAGAAGACGCCUUCAUUAAGCGUCUGAUUUGGAAUCAUGUUGGUAGUGAUCGUCCCUCGUGGCUCGGUGGCUACAACAGCCCUGUUGUUCCCAGUCGCUGGUAUUGGACCGAUGGGUCAGUUUUUGACUUCAAUUCCUGGACCCAAGGCCAGCCAGAUGGCUCCGGACACUGUCUGCAGACCAACUUCAAAGGUGGCUGGGAUGAUCUUGUUUGCGAACGGAACCUUCCCUUUGUCUGUGCUCGAGGGAUCAGCAGAGGGGCUGAAAGAGCUGCUCCAAAUGAUGCCCAGCUUCAUUCAGCUGCUGGUGCUGAUGCUGCUGUUGGAGGUGAUCUCAAACUUUCUGCAGCUGCUGGCACUCUGGAAAAAAACACUAAAGCUGGAUGGAUACAGUUUGAUCAACGCGAGUUCAUGUUCUUUGCCGCUGGAAAAGUAUGGGAGGAGGCUCAGAGCACCUGUAUGGACUACGACGCUCAUCUGGCUUCAGUGCACAGUGACAGAGAAGACGCCUUCAUUAAGCGUCUGAUUUGGAAUCAUGUUGGUAGUGAUCGUCCCUCGUGGCUCGGUGGCUACAACAGCCAUGUGGUUCCCAGUCGCUGGUAUUGGACCGAUGCGUCAGUUUUUGACUUCAAUUCCUGGACCCAAGGCCAGCCAGAUGGCUCCGGACACUGUCUGCAGACCAACUUCAAAGGUGGCUGGGAUGAUCUUGAUUGCAAUCAGAACCUUCCCUUUGUCUGUGCUCGAGGGAAGCGCAGAGGUGUUUAGAAAGCCUGACCUAACCUGACCGGUUCCUUCCAGGACCUUCUGCAUGUAUCAGAAAUCACAUAUAAUAAUCAACUCUUUAGCUUUGAGAGCCCCAGAAAUUAAACAUAAAAGAUUGUUACUAUGUUCAUGUGUUUCAGUUUCUAUGUUUGAUCUAAAAGCAAAGAUCUAAUUACUUUACACCACUGAAAUCUGUGUGUACACGUGGCUGUGAUUGAUUUCAAAUAAAAUUCAGCAUUGCAUAA